AUUGCAUUGUAGAUCUCAAUCUAUUCGGAUUUCUCGGCUCACCGCAACGGCACCUCCAAAAUGACGUCAGCGCCAACUCCGCGCGGGGUCUCGUACCUUCGACCGCCCGCUCCAUCAGCCACCCGGUCGUCGAAGCUCUUUAAGCGGUCCUCGCCUGCUCACCUCUGCUCCCCAUCUGCGCUUCUCUAAUCCUGCUUUGAUCUCUGCUCUUCCCACGGCUCGAGCCGGUUGCUACUUGAAGCCAUGUCGAACCCCGAAGCUUCAGCAAAGCCCAGUCUGUCGCGCACUCGCAGCUCCGUGAGUGUGAUGUCGAGAAAGGCGCGCGACUCGUUGAAUAUCAGAAAAGCUGGAUCACUUGAAGACUCAAUCCGGACCUACAAGCUCCUCGGCGCGCUGCGGUCCAACGACCUCGAGUUCAUCAAAAAGCUCCUCGACGCCGACAACGAGAAAUCGAUCGGCGCGCCCGCAGAGCUGCUCACGCUCCUCCACACCGCAGUCCAGGUCUCGUCGCCGGCGACUGUCCAGUACAUUCUCUCGGCCAAAAACCCGUUCGUCGACAUCAACGCGACCGAUGUCAACGGCAACACGCCGCUGCAUCUGGCGGCCCUGCUCGGGCGCGAGGACGUGGUCUCGUUGCUGAUGGCGCAUCCGGAGAUUAACGACACGAUCGUCAAUCACGAGGGCAAACAGCCCGUCGAGAUGUGUCGGUACCCGGAGCUGGCGCAGGCCAUGCAGGUCUCGCGAGCACAGUUUGUUGAGAAGGUCGCGUCCGAGAUGAAGUCGUACUUUGAAAAAAGCGACACGGCUUCGUUGGAGCAGCUUCUUGCCAACCCACGAGCAGCCGCGUUGCUCGAUAUCAACGGCCAAGACCCCGACACCGGAAGCACUGUGCUGCACGAUUCCGUGCGGUCGAAAAAUAUAAAGCUGGUGCAGUUCAUCCUCGACCACGGCGGCGAUCCAUUCCGUCGCGAUCGCAAGGGUAAGCUGCCAGUCGACCUGGCCAGAGACGACACCAUCAAGAAGAUGCUCAAGGCCGCUUCAAAGAACCAGUCGAUUGUCACUGGAAACUCUGCGAAUGAAGCGCCGCGGAUGAAAGGAUACCUGAAGAAAUGGACAAACUACACGGGCGGAUACAAGCUGCGCUGGUUCGUGCUCGAGAACGGUGUGUUGUCGUAUUACAAAAAUCAGGAUGAUACCGGGACCGCCUGCCGCGGAUCGAUCAACAUGCGCAUUGCCACGCUGCGUCUAGACUCUUCCGAGAAACAGAGGUUCGAAAUCAUUGGUAAAGGAUCGGUUCGGUACCAUCUCCGCGCAAACCAUCCCGUCGAAGCCAACCGCUGGGUAUGGGCUCUCUCGCAGGCGAUCCAGCACGCCAAGGACCAGGCCAAGCUGCAAGAGUCGCUCGGGAUGCGGAAGAAGAUUGCGGGCGACACGCAGUCGCUGCAGUCGACGCCGUCGGACCGGUUUGUGGUUCCGCAGAACGUGCCGCGGUCGUCGAUGAUGAUCAGCGAGAGCGAUCGAAACAUGAGCCUGCCGAUCGUCAACAGCGGCGGGAAUAGUAUCCAAAACAGUCUCGAGCUCGACGACGACGACGGCGACGACGACGCGGACGACCGGGAGCUCAAAGACGACUUUGACGACGACGACUCUGAGCACGCGAUGCAGGAGGAGCCGCAUAAGGGCCAGGUCGAGGUUGUCGCGCACUCGAUCGAGAUGGAGAUCAAGAUUUUGCAAGACAUUGCCGCGUCGUUGACGGAAGAGCGCGAGGCGAUCGUGCGCGAGCAUCCGAAAGUCGAGGCCGCGUUCGAGUGCUACGAGCUCUCGCUCAAGAGUCUCAAGAACCUGAUGGACCAGCUGCUGCGGCAGACGAGCGACCGCGAAGCGUACUUCAAGCACGUGGCCGAGCGCGAGUCGGAGCUGCGGCGGAUCUGGGAGGAUAACAUGCGGCAGUUGGCGGAGGAAAACGAUCAGAUCGAAGGGCAUCUGCACGAUGUUGUCGAAGAGCGCAAGGCGGCGCGGAAGGCGCUGCGGGAGGUGCUCGGGACGCAUGACGCGGAGGUGACGUCGCCUGGGUCGGCGGCGGUGCUCACGGCGGUCAUGAACGAGGACGAGGAGGAUGAGUUCUUUGACGCGAUCGACAAUGAAGAAAAUACAGAGAAGAGGUCGGUCGGGUCUGUUGCGGCGGCGGCGUCGUCGUCGUCGGCGGUCGUGCCGUUGGCGAGCAACUCUGCGACUGAACUCGCAAAGGCGGCGGAUCAGGGUCUAACCGAGGCGCAGCGCAAGAAGCAGCAGGAAUUGAUCGCGACGGGCUCGUUCCACGGAUACGAGGACCCGCCCCGGACGCGGCUCGCGCUGGACGAAGACGAUCGGCCAAAGAUUAGUCUGUGGGGAAUUCUCAAGAGCAUGAUUGGCAAGGACAUGACGAAGAUGACGUUGCCGGUGUCGUUCAACGAGCCUACGAGUUUGCUGCAGCGCGUGGCGGAGGAUAUGGAGUAUACCGAUCUGCUCGACCAGGCUGCGCUGUGUGAGGAUUCCGCGCUGCGGAUGGUUUACGUUGCUGCGUUUGCGGCGUCGGAGUACUCGUCUACAAUCAACCGGAUCGCGAAACCGUUCAACCCGCUCCUGGGAGAGACGUACGAAUAUUGUCGGCCCGACAAGGGCUACAGGUUCUUGGUCGAGCAGGUGUCGCAUCAUCCCCCGGUCGGCGCCGCGCUGGCGGAGUCUGCGCGGUGGGAUUACUACGGUGAGAGCGCGGUGAAGUCCAAGUUCAACGGGCGGUCGUUCGACAUCAACCCGCUCGGGACAUGGUACCUGCACAUCCGGCCGACGAAAGGCGGCGAGGAAGUGAUUACGUGGAAGAAAGUGACGUCGUCUGUGGUGGGUAUCAUCACGGGCUCACCCGUGGUGGACAACUACGGCGACAUGAUCAUCACGAAUCACACGACGGGGGUGGUGUGUAAGCUGAGAUUCAAGCAGCGAGGGUGGUACGGCUCGGGCGCGUACGAGGUCAUCGGGACCGUGACCGACAAGGCCGGACGGCCGUACUGGUCUGUCGGCGGGCGAUGGAACGACAAGAUUUACGGGAGACGGUACCAGAGCGACACCGAGUCCGUGCUCGUGCAACUGAGCAAAGAAGUCGAAGGCUCAGCCGCGGACGGCACUUUAAAGCGCGUGAACACAGGCCUGUCCAAGAAACAGAGCAAUAUCUCGUCUGAAGUGACAAAGACGCUGAGCGGACCCAACCCGCCGUUUUUGGUGUGGCAGAACCAUCCGCGGCCGACGGCGCCGUUUAACUUGACGCCGUUCGCAAUCACGCUGAACGCGAUCAAUGAUAACCUGCGUCCGUGGGUUGCGCCGACGGAUACGCGGUUGCGGCCGGAUCAGCGCGCGAUGGAGGAUGGGAAGUAUGAUUUCGCGGCGACGGAGAAGAAUAGAUUGGAGGAGAAGCAGCGGGCGCGGCGGAAGCAGCGGGAGAUGGAAGGGUCGGUGCAUAAGCCGCGGUGGUUCGCGAAGGCGAAACAUCCGAUCACGGGAGAGGAGUAUUGGAAGUUCACGGGGGAGUAUUGGGAUGUGCGGGAGAAGAUGGGGAGGAAGUCUGUGGAGGUGAUGAGGGUGGGGGAGAAGAAGUUGGGAUGGCCUGCGGUGGAGGAUAUUUUCUAGUUUUGAUAGAGAAAUGCAGUCCUUCGAGUAGCAGACAAGAUAACAAUAAGAAUAAACAAAUAAGAACAGACAAGACUAACAAUAAGAAUGAAGACAAACAAUGGGCUAACUCCGAUGUGGGGUGCGGACGAGCGGAUCUUGAGUUUGUUGAUCCAUUGGACCGUGUAGAUCAGGGGAAAUGAUGAGGAUGAUAUAUGUUGCUACGGUGUAGG